CAUCUGCUUUCCGGCUCGACAAACAGCGCUGGAUUUUUCAUCAUAGCAGCCCACAAGACCCUCAAAUCACUCCAAUUUGUACACAGUAGGCAAGGUUUUAUACCACCAUGGAGGUGGUGCCGGAUCGGAUACGGCAGGAUUUCCCGAAAGGGCUCUGUUUCAGAGAGUCCAACAUGACUGAAAACCUCAUGGGAGUGUGGGCGACGACAGUCAUCAGUAAAGGUGCAACAUUCGGCCCUUUCCAAGGAGAAAAGAAGAAACUUCAAGAUGUGGAAGACGAUACUUACAGCUGGGAGAUUCGUGGUCCCAAGGGUCGGCGUAUUUUCUGCAUCGAUGCGGCAGAUCCAAGCAAAGGGAAUUGGAUGCGAUACGUGAAGAGUGCACACUACUACGAAGAGCAGAACAUCAUUGCAACCCAAGAAAAGAAGAACAUAUACUACAAAGCUAUGAGGGAUAUCCCGGCAGGUGAAGAACUUUUAUGCUGGUUUUCUACUGGAUACAUCCCCAAGGUAUCACCAAGAAAGGGGGACUCGUCAUGCCAAGACGAAUCCACCGAUGACCUAUCCAUCCAAGACUUAACCAAAGAUUCAUCCUCAUCUGGACAAGACAUAUCCUAUGAUGAUGAAACGUCUGGUAGGGACACGCCCAUCCAAGACACGCCCAUACAAGCCACACCCAUACAAGACACGCCCUUCCAAGACACGUCCACAAAAGGAGCUUUAAUAGAAGAUAAAUUGCAUCAUGACACGCCCCUUCAAGACACGCCCUUACAAGACAUGUCCACACAAGAAGCUUCAAUAGAAGAUACAUUGCACCAUGAAACGCCCCUUCAAGACACCUGGAACACGCCCACCGAGGAGGCAGAAAUGAUGCCUUUUGAGAAAGGACCAUUGGCCAUUGCAUUAGGAGGGUUCCAGAUAUCCAACGUGGUAUCACUAGCAAGUCCGGAUAGUGUGAUUGUGGAUGAUUCAUCAGACCUCAUGGAAUGCCAUAACAACAUGCCGAUUUUGGAGAAAAUCCAAGCGGAAGUCUCGAGCGGUACUGACGUCACAGCACCAAUCUCGGUACAUGUAUCACCUCGAUCCAAAGAUACUACCCCAUGUAGCUCGCCCCCAUUGAUAUCGCCAAUAUACGACAACAUUCUCGAGGGUGCGAGUGUGCUUUACAAUAGAAGAGCGAACAAUACUUCAGUUGAUCAUACUGAGAACGAAAUUGUUACGGAAAUUGGUAAUGGUAUUCCAGAUUCUGUAGUCAGUGAGGUUUCCUUUGGGUUUAUACAAAGUGAGAAGGAUAAUAUGUUGGAUGCAAGAAAGUUGGAGAGCAAUGUUGGAGACGAGAAGAAUGACAGCGAAGUUCCUCAGCUUUCAGUAGAGCCAUCUGUAGCGCCACCAACGAUGAAAACAACGCAAGAACUCUCCACUAACGUCCGGACAACUGGUUGUAUGCUACAUGAUCCAAGAGACUUAAAAAAGAAAAUUGAUUACAUAGCAACGACGAAGGGCAAGAAAAAUGUUCUGAAAUGCUUAACUUGCUCGAAUAUUUACCCAACAAUUGAUGAUUUGAAGAAACAUUUCGUGAAUCACAUAAAGUUACCGAAACGAAGGAGAAGCAUGAGACGGAAAGGUAGAAAGAUGAUCCUUUCAAGUAAUACGUCACUGAAAAGGAGCGACUCCAAUAAUGGACAAUCUCGUCCAACUGAUAAUGGUCAAGAAUCAUUGAGAGAAACUGCACCUCUUAAUAAUGCCCACCCAGCAACUAAUGUUAAAAUGCAGUGCGAUUUCUGUAUCCGUUCACUUGGUAAUCCCGUUUUACUGGAUGAACACGUAAAGGCACACCUUGCUAAUUUAAUACCGUACCAAUGUAAGAUUUGCCAUGUGGAGUUUGCCUCCCUGCCUGGUAUCCAUGACCAUAUUGUAUCAUGCCACAGCCGACCGGAGCCUCAGCCCAAUCCUUCAUUGGGAACCGACGGAACCGAUGUCAGUGUAGCUACGUAUCACGACAAUACCACUCAUCCAACAUCAUUCAAAAAGAAGCGGAGGUUGAAACGCAAAUUCCCCACCAAAUCAGUAUUACAACAGCCUCAGACGGCCCGGGACAUUGUAAUGAGUUCACCAAACACGUCACAGGAGAUCAGGAUCAAGCAGAUAAGAAACCCCAAAAAGAUCUACCCGUGUAGCAUGUGUGACAAAAUGUUUGCAUCCCAAACUAACGUCUACCGUCACAAGCGGGUUGUUCAUAAAGUCGUGGCCUUUGGAAUGAGGCGAAGACGAUCAAAUAGCAGUGUCCGGCAGGUACGCGUUGAUUCGUCCGAGACGUCUGAUGAACCGCGUGCUUUGUCAAAGGUUAAAGUUAGUUCGCGUGUGUCAAAGGUUAAAGUUGCCUCGCGUGCAGUCACUUCAUCAAGUGAUGUCCCCUCGACCGAAGACACUGCGUUAGAAAAGUGGAGUUGUAGAAGUUCACCACCAACUUCUCCGAAUACCAACUUACAUUCGGUGAAGGUUUAUAUGAUAGGAGGGAAACGAGUUAGGCCCAUACUACCGGCGCCAACUUUGUCAUCAGGUGUUGAUUAUUCAGUAAAUACUACGAGAAACCAUCCAGCAUCUCCCACUGCGAACACACAUGACGAUCAAAGACCAUUGGCUUCACAGCCCCACAGUGCUCCUGACAACGUUAUUGCUGCACAGCACAAAAUCCGUCAUUCAGAUAUGUCUUCAGUCAAGCAACCGAUUUUGUCAUUACAUAAGUUCCCUUCUUUUGAAUUGCCUAACAACGUACCUCUUGGUGUGAGACCAAGUAUUGAUGUCAAAGGUCAACCUGAUCUCGAGGUGACACGUCAAGGAAAUACGUCAAUGUACCAGAUCCAGAGUGGCCGGUUCCAGGGAAAUAAGUCCCGCCAGUUUGCUGUGAUAAGUCCACAGUAUGCCAAUGCGGCUGAUAGAGUCAACCAAAUGGUCCCAUCUGCACAUAGUCCGCCGAAUAAUGCCUCUCCACAGCAAAGUCUAAAUGCAAUAUACCCAACUUCUGUCAAGCAUAAGAGAAAGAAGCAAUCGGUAUCACCAACACAGUUUUCAAAUCCUGUCAAUGUUCUCGGUAAUUCAGCAAUGAAACCCCAACCAUACGUUCCUAUAGGCAACGAUGUUAAACGAAGAACCCAGCAUCGUGAGGGCAUCUAUGAUCAACAUGGAGCCAUGAAUCUUGCCACAAAAAAAGAAGACGUCGAGACAGUUGACAAUGAUACUGCAUUGGACCUGACUGUACAUAAAAGAGGAGUUAAGUUUCCUCAGGCGAUGCCUAAAUCGAACAUUGAGCUCUAUCAAAUACCGGUGCAAACCAAUCCUCUAGACCUGAGCAUGAAAUCUACUCCCACGACUUUACCUACAGACAGUGUCAAUGAAAAAACAAUUCCCAAACCGAGUCAUUUAUCAACGCAGUUAUUGAGGGCUUUAGAAGUUGUGAACGCUCAUGCAGCUAUGCAGGUUAAAACACGAAAUGUUGACCUGGAGAAAUUGAACAACAGUCAUUCACACGGCUCAAGUGAAACAUUAAUUCCGAGGCAAUCAAAGACGGCUGUCACGUAUGAAGGUAAUGGGUUUUGUGAUGAGUCUAACCCACAAGCCUCGUACGCACCAACACUACCGAGUUAUGACGGUACUGCUUGUCCCCCAAACGAAUCACAGCACUUGCUUCUGAUGACACAACCUGCAAUGGAGAAACAAGAUGUCAAAGACGUGGGGUUUGUCAGACUUGGUGAGGCUCCUACUCAGGAAGAUUCAGUCAAAACAACGAUGACUGUGCCAUCCAAACCUAAAACAAUGAGGUUUGAUUGUAACGUAUGUAAUGUUACAUUCACCUCAAUGAAGUUCAUGACAGCACACGUCGUGGAGCAUGCUGAUGAGUGGCCGUACAAGUGUGAGUUUUGUGUGUUCUUAUUCAAAGAUCCUAAAGAUCUAUGGCGGCACCGCUCGGAUCUCCACCGUGUCCAGAAGAUGUACGCUUGCACCCUUUGCCAGAGAGACUUUGUCUACUUUGACAACUUAAAGAAGCAUCAAAUUGAUAUACAUGGCGUGAAGCAAUGCGUCUACAAAGAGUUAGAACAAGGGCAACUGCGUCCACAAAACUUCACUGAUCCAGAAAAGGGUGUUUCCUUCCAAGUUCCAGACAGUACUCCAGAAGAGCAGCAUUCCAGAACGUCUUUUCUUGCCCAAGAAAUGAAUAAACCCAACACCCUUAAGAUUGGGCGGUUGACCAUCAAGGGUACCUCACCCAGUGUAUCACCAGCAAAGCCCAAUAAAUCUACCCGUAAACAGGUGCCCUUUAACCCCCAGCGGCAUCAUCCAUUCGCUCGAGCAAGGCAGAUUGGAUACUUGAGUAUGUUGGCUGAUCCCAAAAACCACCAAACCCUCAGCUCAACACUCGUGAACAGAUGCACCAAGUGUGAGAAGGAGUUUGACGUCAUGGCCGAUUUCCAUCAGCACAUAUUAGAGUGUGCUGUCCAGGGUGCUCCAACAACUCAGACUGGUGCUCAAGAGGCCGAGAAAAGUCUGGUACCCAUAGCUGAUAUCAGAAAUACAAGUACUCCUAACGAACCAGUUGUGGACAACGUCACUGGCGGGAAAAGUAAGCAGAAAACCACACAGCAGACUGGUGUUAGUAGACUUGCUACUAGUACUCCAAAACGACAACGCGCCAAACCAGGGUUAAAGAUCUAUAAUCCUAUGAAGUACUCACGUCGCGAACCGGCAGCAAACAUGGACGACAUCCACACGUGUCACGGCUGCGGCAAGAAGUUCUACUUCAUCAACAGUUUAGAGAGACACAUGAGAAUGUGUCCAAACAGGGAGAAACUGAAGCUGAAUGACGUCACUCAAGUCAAGCAAACGACCAAGAAGACUGACAAAACUCUACUUAAUUCUCAACACCAAUGUCCUUUUUGUAAGCAUCACUACACUUACUUAAAAAGCCUGAAGAAACACGUUCUCGUUUGUCAGUUCCGUCCGGCGGAUAUAGUUGAUCCACUGAAAAUAAUCGAGGAAAAUUAUCAGAGACAACAAGAAGAGAUUCUGAGGAACAAGCAGAGUGAAGAAGUUGUCGAUGUUUCUAAUACAAAACAGCGUGUGACAAAUGCUUCUAAGAUCGAUGGCAAUCUCCACGAGAUCGUACAGGAGAAACAACCAAAAGACGCCAUGAAAAUUAAAAAGAAGAAGAAUAAGAAAAAGAAAAAGAAGAAAAAGAGCAAAGUUAAAGUGCACGGCAAGACAACCGAACUACCAAAGACUUUGGCAGAUUCAACAAAUCAAGACCAAAUACUAAGCCCUGGACAUCAAGACUCAUCAUCCUCAACUGUAUCCUCGUUCUCUCUGAAGCUUAAACGGAUCACGGGACCUGGUGGAAUUCCUGUUGGAUCGGAUGAGUCAGAAGCAGGGGGGUUGACUAACCGUGAAGAUACGAGGUGGUAUCUUUCUCCAAAUAAGGGCAAACAAAGCAACGAUGCAGCACAGCAUCUGGAUGAUCCAAUGAACGACGGAAAGCUAAAAAAAUAUCCAAUCAGAGAACGGAAUGCAUCUACGUCAUCCAGAUACGAAGAUCUUUCUCAGCUGGGUACGAGGUAUCUCCGAGGACGGGGAAGUAGAGCCAGAGGGCGCGCUAGAGGGAAAUCAUUUUCUAGUAGCAGGGGUGCGAGUUUCUCUACUGCCAGGGGUAGAGGGAGUGUGAGAAGAGGGAGUGGUCGGGGACGAGUUCGGAAAAGAGGUGGUCGAGGGGUUCGAGGUAAAAUCGCAUCAUCACAUCCGGGACACGUAAGCGAUGACGUCAGUGGGGCAGAGGCGCCAAUUAGUACGACCGUUUCCGAAGAACCUCGUAAAACUGAAAGAGCACAUAUGAGAGGAAGGGGUAGGCCUAGAUGUAGAGGGGGAUCAAGACGAGCAAGAGGAAUGCGGAGAGGUGGAGCAGUAUCAACAGUAUCAACAACUCUGCCAAACAACCAUGACGUUGCAUCGUUUCCUGGUCGCGAUGCAUCUGCUGAAACGACGAGUUUACCCCAAGUUGGCUUCGACUCGCGGGAGGAUACUAGGAUUGAGAAGAACCAGGCUACCUUGGAAAAGGGAUCCGAAGUUAUCUGUGGUAAGAAAUCACCAGUAAACAUGGAGAUGAACACAGUUAAUGAUAACAAUGAAGAUCAUGCUACAGAUUCUUAUAAAGGGAUUAGAGAGGAACAUGAAUUGCCAGUUCCAAGUUCAUCCCCUCAGCUGGCAGAUGGCCGAGAACAUCUAGCCACCCCAAUGCUGUCCAAACCAGAUACAAUGGACUGUACAAGCAGCAUGGAUACCAUGCCAUUGGCGGAUAGUGAUCGGGUAGUUCCAGGCUGUAUGGAACAUUGAUGAACAUGACGCUGGAGGGCAGGCUUGGCUUGAUGUCAUUAAGAAGGCUGUUCAUUUUGCAUUCUUCAUUAUUUCACUAUUGUUUAACAUCUAAAAUUGCGGCGUCACGACGGCAAAAUGUCCAAUUCAUUACUUCAUGUGACUGAAACUGGAAAGCAUACAAGCCCAAAACAAUGUUUUGUAAAAAAAUAAUUGAAGCUAAUCAUCAAUGAUUUUUUCAUGGUUAGAACUCUCAAUGUCCGUUUUCGAAGCCAUGGCUCGACUUAGGACUCGGCUUUGGCUUUGGCUCCUAUCCGUUUGUACUAAUAAGCAUUGUACACUUUCGAUACAGGACUUCAAAUUACACGAAGCCAAAGCCAAUGUCAAGCCGUGGUUUCGAAAUUUUCUAUAGAGUGACGUGGCAGUAUGUGUGCUCAGGCACGUGA